GCCAUUUUGGAGCGAUCCCAGUGCCGCCCGCGGCCCGGAGUCGGUCUCCAGCCGCCGGCCGGCCGCGCCGGUGUCCGCAGGCGCUGCGCCCGGGGCCGGGCCCAUGUGUGUGCGGCCCGCCCGAGGCCGCCCGGGCUGUGCCUCCACCAGCGCCCUGGCCUCCGCUCGGGCCUCCACCCGGGCCUCCGAGGAGCUGCCGCAACGCCCGGCCCGCAGGGCAGGUAAAGAGAUUAUAAAUCUUCCACUGAAUGAAACAAAUUUUCUUAAAGCUGCAUAUACUCCAAGAAAAAAACCACAAAUGUUUUUCUAUUUUGCCUGAAUACAUGAUUUAAACAAGAGAUUUCCAUAGAAGCUUUGGUCUUUUGGAUUAAUCCGGUUGUUUUAAAUGAUCCUACUAGAAAAAGUCUUCUAACAGGAUCCUAUUUCGUUGAUGGUCUCUUGUAAUCCACCCAGCCUUCCAUCUUCUCUGUGGCUAGAAACAGGACUGUCCACAAGUCACCUCUAACUGCCCUAUCUUGCAAGUUCUGAUUUUGGAGGGGAAAAAAAAAAAAAGCCUUGACAAGCUCCGCGGCCAUCACGAUGUUCUGGAAGUUUGACUUGAACACCACGUCCCACGUUGACAAGCUGCUGGACAAGGAGCAUGUGACGCUGCAGGAGUUAAUGGAUGAAGAUGACAUCUUGCAGGAGUGUAAGGCUCCGAACCAGAAGCUGCUGGAUUUCCUGUGCAGGCAGCAGUGCAUGGAGGAGCUGGUGAGCCUCAUCACACAGGAUCCGCCCCUGGACGUGGAGGAGAAGGUCCGCUUCAAGUUGGUCGGGGAACUAGUGGGCCACGUGUGCGCACCGUCUGUGCCUGCCUUCACCCACACCAGCCUGCUGGAAGAUGGCAGCCAUGCGAAGACCGCUGAGCUACCCGGCCUCCCAGCCCAGGCUAGUUGCGGUUACCUAACUACCAGCCAGUCCCCAGAUGUGAACGUGGAUAAGCCCAGCGAGCAUCACAGAGCUGCCUUGUCAAUUUCUAGCUGA